UUAGUCACCAUUUGAGCCUCCAGUUGGCUUGUUUCGCGCUGCAAUUUCACUCCGCGGGGAGGCCCUAUUGCGCGCCACACAAUUCAUAUACCCUACACCAGGAAAAUCCUCCAAAUUUCGCGCGUGUAUCCCUCUCUAAUUGUAACACCUUGUGGGGAUUUACAGUGGUGGUCAUUUGACAAGAAAGAAAAAAAAUUUGUGGUGCUUUUAAUUGAAAUUUUUACACGUGCAAAUUGAUGGAUUUUUCUUCCUCAUUCGUGGAUGUCAUUGAGGAAGAAAAAAAAGAAAGAAUUCUUCACUAAAAAAAAAGAAUUCUCAGCUGUGUGUGUGAAGAAAAGAACAAAUUAAUGAAAUUAAUGACUAAAGUGAGGGAUUAAUAUUUUUUUUACCAAAUAAAUAAAAUCCCGAGACAAACUCGUGCAAAAUCUCGACUGAAAGCGCCACAAGAGUCGCGAGCGAUAAGAGAGCGAUAUAAAAGGUAGAAGAGAGUUUUGUAAAAAGUGGUUAGAUGUAUAAAGUGAAAUUUCGAGGGCAAAUGGCAAUAUAAAGCAACAACAACAAAAAAGUGACUGGAAGUGCAACAUGAUAUUUUCUACAUGACAAACACCGACGAGCCGGAAGUUUUCUGUGUGGAAUUGUGGUGCACGCUAGAGUAGGUUUUUUUUCUCCCUUUGAUGUGCUCUCAGCCUAGACCUCUUAUUUAAUUGUCUGCUUAACUUUUUUUUGUUAUAACCGCAGAGAUUGAUAAAAAAAGUGUCUCGAUCGGAGGAAAAAGUUAAAAUCUUCAAGUUAAAAAGAUCAGGGAGGAAAAAAGCCAUAAAAGAGGUGAUUAAACAGAUAAAAAAUCAUGAGUAUUGACGUCCUUGGGGAGAAUAAUGGAGAAAAUGUGCAAAAUAGUGAGUACGAUCGUGUGAUCGUGAGUGAUCGCGAUGAGCAUGUGGCAAAACGACUAACACUGGAUGACUAUCGGAGAAUUCUGCGGGAGCUGGACCAGAAUCGUGAUCUUCAGAAUCGAAGGCGCGAAAAAUUGAGCCAAGUGAGUCAGAGGCGAAAUUUGCGAAAGAAGCGUGCCUCAGAUGCAAAUCAGGAGACAUCCACACGCUCCUCUUUAUGCUACCUUUGCAACAUUCGCGUUGCCCUCGAGGAUAUUACAACAUUUGCCAUUUGCCGUGGGUGCGAUCGUACCGUAUGCCGCGGGAGACGCUGCUCGGAUUGGGACAGAGGAACGGGCUAUUGGGAAUGUGUAUCCUGCAUUCGGAGCAGGGACAGUCAAAUACGUGCAGGAGAAUGGAUACUCGAUCAGCUGAAUCAGCGCUUCAAAAGUCCACGGAGUGAUACAUCGAGGGAUGAUUUAUCAUUCAAGGAUGCCGAAACACAGUCAAAUGGCAGCUUUCUGGGAUCAUCACAUUCCAUUACAUUGGAACAGAAAGAGAAGGUCAGGGAAUUCCUUGAGGAUGUUAUUGCCUCAAUGAUUGGGGGUUCUCUUGACGACGUUCCAGUCAAUCAGACACACAAACAUCCAAGCUACCUUCCUCUACAGGACAAUGAGUGCCCAGGAGUGGCUCAUGUCAAUCUUAAGAGAUUGAUUCAGAAAGUCAUCGAAGAGGCACUCAAUCUACCGGACCUCUUCAACUUCAGCGGCUACCCACCCCGUCCUGAAUCCCAUUUGCCCUACUUCAGCUCCAAGAGAUACGAACAACUUCUUGCCACAGCUGUCCUCAAUAAGGUGAUUGAUCACUAUCGCAACCCAAAGAAUCAUCCCGAAAAUAGCUCUGGAAUUCAUUCUGGAAGUGAAUUUGACAGCAAUCACAAUGCACUGAGCGAGAAGGCGGGACUUCUUUCACCCACAGACAGCCAGAAAGCGCUCGAUAAACACCUCGAGGAAGCAUCACAAGCAUCGGAAUCGAGCCUCAAAACACGCAGCACCGAAAGCGACGAAACUUAUCUCAGUGACUACAUUCAGAAGCACCGCGUACCACUCCCGGAUCUCUCAGCUGCCUCAUCGGAGGGCACUGUGGAUGACACAGCAUCGUCGGAGAUUCUUUCAACAGCCGGCACCGAGGGGACAUGGGAGGAAAAUUGGCUUUUUAAGAAGCGCAAAGUGAAGACCGACACAAAUUCCACGGCCAUUGGGAUGCUUGUGCCAUCACCAACGGAAGAAGUUAAGGCAUUCAUUGGGGAUAAGAAUGUGGAUGAAGUUAGCGAUCUAUCGGAAGCAGGAUCAGACGCUGAGGAUGACAAUCAGGAGCGUCCAGCAGCAAAACUCAUUGAAAGUAAGACAAUCAUCGGGGGAAAGAAUGAACUCAUCUCCCUUGAGGAUACAUCCUCAGCCACCGAUAGCCUUGUCUCGAACCCAGAUUCAGGGAUUAAUGUCACCGAAGCUAGGAAUGAGGUUCUUCUCAUUGAUGGAGAUUUCGUGGAAGCAACUGAAGCUACAAAUCUACCACCACAAGCUAUCAAUGAGAACGUCGGUGGGACACUUCUUAAUGGCACUGAAAUUCCCAUUCCAACACCCAGACAAAUGACAACAGAAAAAUCAGAAAAGGACAAUCAUCCCGAAGAGAAUUAUGCCGAGUCGAGUAGUGGUGAGGAGCAAUCAACUCGGCAGUGUGCUACAGUUACACUAAAAUCCACGGAUUUGUACAGAGAAAACUUCUUGGCGUACAUGAAGCCCUCAAUUGUGCCCGAAGGUAGUGUACCGAAUUCCCCCAAUUUCCCCGGAGAUUGGGUUCUCAUUCAGGGAUGUUGGGAAGUUAGGGAUCCCAGUGAGAGUAUUCUCAUUAAUUCGGGGCAAUACAAAUCAUCGAGCGUUGCUCUAACUCCCGAAGAAAUGAUCAUGUCUGUGAAGCAUCAGGUGGAAUCUCCGGGAAAAAUGUUUCAGUAUAAAUUCUUGAAUGAUUUGAAGCCUGAUGCACUGCCUACCAUUGAAAGUCAUGAAGAAAGUCAAGAAGAAAUUACUCAGAGUUCCCUUCAAGUGGUGACUACUUCCAAGAAAACAGAUGACAACACACUCCCUACGCCUGAAGUUGAACUAUCCAGUACAGAUCAGUUCGUCUGUGUUAUGACGUACGAUGAAGAGCGCCAAUUAGUUGUGUGUGGAUCUCCCAAAGCCCAAAAGCGUGUCCUUGUGGAGGAACAUCAAGAACAAGAGAAUCAGGAAAAUGUUGAAGCUCCUCAAUCUGAGAAUUGGGAACCACAAGUUUGCGAAGUCGUUGACGAGGACCCAAAGGAAACUCCUCCAGCAGUUGAGGAAGGUCUUGAAACAUCUGAGAAGAAUGAUUCUGUCUUUCACGAAGGCAGUGUCACAAAGAUUGAUCAAUCUUCAGAUUGUCAAAAGCCUCCAGUUCCACUCCCAAGAAGACAAAGCUCCAGAAUAUCUCAAAGUGAUGAAACUAUUCAAGAAAAGACGGAAGUUUUGGUGAAAACUUCAGAGGAAGCUUUACAAACGCAACAGACUAAAUCUAAAGAAGUAACCGAAGCAAUUCCCAAAGCUGAAAUUCAUUCAAGAACGGAAGAUACAUCCUUGCAAGUUAAAUCAGUUGAACAAUGCUCUCAAAUUGAGAAAUGUGAGAGUAAACUCACUCAAAUUCACGUUAAAUCUGAGUAUCAGGAAACGCAAGUGAAGAUUACUGAGACAAAGACUGUUGAAGUUCAGAAGGAAUGUGCAGAAAUUCAUUUGAGAACCGUGCAAGUAGUUGAAAAUUCUCAAAAAUCUGAAAAAUGUAUCAAUGAGAAAGUUGUGGAUGCAAAGGAAGAUCAGGAAGCACCAGGAAUUGUUCCUCAAAUUCAAGCAAGAACUGAAGCUUCGGAAGAAAAAGAAAUUAAUCCAAUGGCCGUUGAAGUUCACGAAGAAGAGAAGUCUGAUGAUAAAGUUGAAGUCGUACCAGAAAUUCAUUUAAGAAUUAUCAGUGAAGAUGUAAAACAGGAAGAAAUUGAUACAAGUUCGAUUGCUGUUAAAGAAGUCAAGACAGAGCAAGGUUCUUAUGAAGACAACAAGCCAGAAAUUCACGUGAGAUCAGUCGAAACAGUCAAACCUGAAAUUCACGUGAGAUCACUUGAUGUUCCUCCAGAAGAAAAUCCAGUUACUGAAGCUGGAGCAAAAGAAUCGGAAAUAAAGAUUGAAAUUCACUCUAGAACUGUAGAUAAUCAGGCAGAAGAAAAACCUGAAAAUAAAUCUGAAAUAAAGUCAUUCAAUGAAGCAUCAGGCAUUGCUGAAGAAAAGCAUUCUGAGGAGAAGCCUGUGAUUCAUGUAAGAACUCCUUUAGGGACAUUUUCGUUCAAAAGUAAGCAAAGUAAGACAGAAGAAAACCUAAAAGAAGAACCCAAAAACGCUCCUGAAAUUCACUCAAGAACAAUUGAUGUUUCUAAAGUGGAAGAUUCUGAAGUGAAGGAACCUGAAUCUAAAUGUGAAAAUCCUACAGCAAUAUCCCAUGAAUCUGAGGAACAAGAACCUGAAAUUCAUACAAGAAUUGUGGAUGUUCCUCAAGAAAGUGAAAUAGAAAGCGCACUUAAAAUUGUAGUGAAGUCAUCAGAAUGUCCUGAAAAAGAAAACGUUAAAGAGGAACCUAAGAAGGAAGAGGUUCAAGAACGUAAAGAGGAUGAACAGGUAAAGGAUCCUGAAUUUGCAAAUGAUGAAUUUCAAGAAGAAACUGAAAAUGAGGAAGUUCAAAAAGAAUCCGAAAGAAAAGAACUUCAAGAAGAACCUGAGAAGGAAAAACUUCAAGGAGAACCAGAAACGGAUAAGCUUCACGAAGAACUUCAGAAAGAAACUCUCAAAGAAGAACCUAAAUUUGAAGAGCUCAAAAAUGAACCCGAAAAAGAAAUUAUUUCUAAAUUCAAUGAUCCUGAAAUUGAAACAAAACCAAAUCAGGAAAUACCUAAAACUUCCCCGGAAGAGAAUACAGAAUCAAUUAAAAUUUCCAAGACAACGGGACCAGAAGAAGAAGAGUUUGAAGUCGAACUGAGACAUCCUGAAAAAUUAAAAGAAGGAAAUCUCGUUGAUCUCUCGGGAUCUCAAGAAGAAAAAAUAUCUCCAGAAAUUCAAAAAAAUCCUGUGGAGCUUCCUGUGACUGAGGAGAAAAAUUCUAAAGAUGCGAAAAUUUCUGAAGAAGAGCUCAAUGCAAAAAUUGACGAAAUCCUUCAGGAAGAAUCAAAUGUUGAAAAAAUUCAUGCAGAAGAAGUUCAAGAAAAACACAAAGAAACGAGAGAAUUAGAAGAUAAAAAAAUCUCUGAGAUUUCUCAAGAACCAGCUACAGAGGAAAAUAUCAUGAGUACUAGCUUAGAAAUUAAGGAACAACUCAUGAAGAUUGUUAAAUCUGACGAAGAAACUCCGCGUGAGCGUCCAAAAACUCUCUCAAUUGAGAAUGAAAAGAAUCCCGGAGAGGAGGAAGAGGUUCAUCUGCGCUACAAGAGUCCUAUCUUUCAGAAUAUCUUGCCACGAGGAACACCAACUGUGGUGAAGUUGUCUGAAAUUUCAAAUGAUGACAUCGGGAGGUUGAUCAAUGUAGCCAAUAUUAUCAAGAGAUCUUCAAUGCAGUCACCCGAAGAGCCGGCUAAGGAGAGGGUUGGUGAUGGUGAUAGCACAAUGCAUGAUUUCAGUGAAACUAACACAAUUACUAACAAACAAACAACAGAGAAAAUCUCCACUAAUGCAGAGUCUCUUGAAACAGUCUCCAAGCUUAGGGAGCCGGAGAUUCAGUCAGACACCCCUGAACCUGAUAGUCUGGAGGAAGAACAUUUAAUUCCUGGUUCCAUUGCUGAGAGGGAGCACCUCAAAUGGCAACAUCCGGACACAGAUAUUCCCAACAAUCCCUAUUCCCCGGAAGCACUGCAGCAGCGCCUGGUAGGAAAGGGAUACAAUGGGGGGCUGAGCAGUGCAACGAGCAGUGUAUCGAAUGUUGAAUCACCACCAAAAACACCCGAAAGAUCGCUGCAAGUUGUUUUGGGAGAAGGAAGCCCGGACCACAAAAGAUACGGCAGAGAUUACUACAUAAAUGACGCAAAGAGAUCCUCAGGAACACGAAAGAAGCAACAGUUGGGAGAGACUACACCACCACCGAGAACUUCCGAUGAGGACAAAUCGGGCCUUUUUGUGGCAACACCCAUUCGUGUGGAUGAAGCCGAAGCAUCCGGAGAUUCCCUGACGCGCACGAGUUUUGAAUCCUCGGAGACAAGCAACGCAUCCCUUCAGCUAACGGACAGCCUGACACCAAGUGAGGAUUCCGACACGACGAGAAUCUAUGAGAUUGAAACACGUGAAACGCGCUUAUUGCGUCAGAGCGUCAUUACGAGCUCCCGUAAACCCUUAGGGAGUACCCGAACCCCACCAUCGACACCCACUGACGAUCAACCUCAACCCACUUUUGCAAUUUCCCUUCAGGCGAUUGAGAAGGAAACAACGGAACUAGAGGAAAUCCACGAAGAAGUUCAGGAGACACGAAAAAUCGUUCAAAAGGAGACAAUUGAGAGUCCGACGGUGAAGAAGUCUGUAUCACCGGAUACAGUUAAAUUCUUUUCGCCCAAAAAACCGCCAGUUUUCACCCAUUCAACCACCCCAACUAGUCCCACAAAAUCGACUGUAUUGAAUGGCACAUCCCUCGAAAAGAAGGUUGAGAUCAACAAUAACAGCGAUGUGACCAAUAAAAUGGUGAUUGAGGAGGAAGUUCUGCCAACUUUACCGUCCGUAAAGAAGCUCAUGAGCGCCUUCACGAACACAUCAAAUGAAUCAGAACGCAUUCAGAAGCCCAAAGUUAGACCAAAAUCGCUACCUCUUCAGGCAGACCAAGAGGAGACAACAAAGGUGCCAGAGAGUGGGAAGAAGAGCUCUCCCAGCAAUGGAAAGUCCCCCAUUGUACCCGGAUAUAGUAUCACAGCUAGGAGUUUGUCGAAGCAAUUCCGUGACGAAUUGAAACAUUCGACAAGCCAGGAAGAUGAGACAGCCCCCGAGACCCGCCAUGUAGCUAAAGAAGAGGAGAAAGGCAAGAGACACUCAAGCCCCGAGAGGCCCCCGAGUCCGGUACUCCUGCCUGGACGGCUCAAGAGCAAUAUUGCCUUCUUUGAAAAUCUUCGCAAAAAAUAAAAUCAAACUUUCCAUUCACUUCUCUGUGCUGGAGAAGAGAAUGUGCAAAGUUCACGCGGGUUGGGUCUGCUGUGUACCCUGAUGUGCCAUUGACAAGGAGAGAGCUAAAUCACACCCUCACACCCCCCCUCCCUUUUAUUAAAAUAUAUACUCCUCACAUUCCCAUCUAAAUAUGAUUUGUUUUUAAAUAAAAAAUCUAUGUAAAUAAAUUGAGCCUGAAUUUGUUCAUAAAGAGAAAUGUAAUUGAUUUACCUGAAGACAUGCCUGAAAUAAAUUUAUUAUUAAAAAUAAA